CAACGCGCCAGCACAAGACGGAGACCAAAGCCAAAGAAAAAGUUCAACGUAUAAUAGAAAGAAUCGAGUGAAAAAGUUAAAGAUUUUGUGUAUUUACUAUCGAGACGCAUCUUUUUGUUCAAAGUGACAAAUAUUUGAGCUCCGUCUCCAAUCUCCCCACCGCCGCCGCCGCGUUUCACGAUGAGUUUUACACGCCAACUGUCCGAGAUGAGUGCCAGUGAACUGAACGACGCCAUCGACGAUACCAACUUUCCGCAGGCCCACAUCCUUUCGCGCGGCCGCAACAACAGCGUCUGCUCAACAAGUAGCACCUCAGGCACCUCCUCUCUGGCGGACCGGGCCCUGUCGCAGCCGGAGGAGCAGCCUGUUAUUCCGCAGCCGGGAUCCGCUGUGGGCACGCCCACGGAUGAGCUGGUGCCGAGCAGUGGAGCCACAAAUCGCCGCCGCCUGAUUCUGAAGACGAACGGCAGCAUUCCGGAAAACGAUGGUACACAACCGACAACACCAAUGACACCACGUACAUCGACAACGCCAGGCCACGAGAAGUGUACUUUCCACCACGACCUGGAGUUGGACCACAAGCCGCCCACGCGAGAGGCGCUGCUGCCGGACAUGGCGCGCUCCUACCGCCUUUUGCUGGGCGGCCUGGGCGAGAAUCCCGAUCGCCAAGGCCUGAUCAAGACCCCCGAGCGAGCGGCCAAGGCCAUGCUGUACUUCACCAAGGGCUACGACCAAUGUCUGGAGGAUGUACUGAACGGCGCCGUAUUCGAUGAGGAUCAUGAUGAGAUGGUGGUUGUCAAGGACAUUGAAAUGUUCUCCAUGUGCGAGCAUCACUUGGUACCAUUCUACGGCAAAGUGUCCAUCGGCUAUUUGCCAUGCAACAAGAUCCUGGGACUGAGCAAGCUAGCACGUAUUGUGGAGAUCUUUUCGCGUCGAUUGCAAGUGCAGGAGCGUCUGACAAAGCAAAUUGCAGUGGCUGUAACUCAGGCCGUUCAGCCUGCAGGCGUCGCCGUUGUGGUUGAGGGAGUACACAUGUGCAUGGUGAUGCGAGGCGUGCAGAAAAUCAAUAGCAAAACUGUUACCUCUACCAUGUUGGGAGUGUUCCGGGACGAUCCCAAGACCCGCGAGGAGUUCCUGAACUUAGUCAAUAGCAAAUAAACUGGGAAUGGUGGGACAUUGAGAUAACAAGGAAUUGGAAUACGAAAUAAACUAAAUCCUACAAUA